GUGAAGGGCGGCAUCUAUGUUCAUCCUCACACUAAUACCCGUAGUGUCUGCCAUCGUGAUUACGCCCCGUGGCACGCCCGACUACUCGCGGAGGAGCGGGAAACACACCGCAUCGCAUUAGACCGCCAACAACAACGCACCGCUCGCCUCCAACAACGAUGGCGGCAGGAGUGUGCGGCCCACACACAAACACGAUUGCUGUUAUUACAGUCACAAAUACAACUCUGUGAGAGUAGAGAGGAGGCAGGGCGGCAAGGCAUCACAAGAGCCGCAAUGGAGGAACAAUGUCAAUUACAACAAGCAUGGAUCACAUUAAUGCAUCUAUUUACUCUCACUGGGCAGAGAACUGCAGCUCGACGGGAUCUACACAAGCAGCCAUUCUCUCAUAGUCAUUCGAAUAGUAACAGUGAGUUAUCCCCGUGGUUGCCGGCCGCAUUACUGCCCCACCAACAGCGGCCA